CGGAACUAGUGUUCUUCUAAAAAUCCUAAAGUCUAUACUACUACUAAAUUAAAAUGUGUCGUAAUUACAUAAGCUUUACGCUUCUUAUUUUUUCAAUUGUAAUAAGUACAGCGUAUUUUAAAAUUGUAAGUUUGGAUAAAAAUUGGAUUUGCGGCAUCAAGAAAUCUUGUGUUGAUUGUCUUCAAGUACAUCAUUGCUCCUGGUGUCCUUCCCAAAAUAAAUGUUUUUCUGAGUCGUCCCCAGUUGAAAAUCCAUGCAAUGAUUCUUUACAUUCAGCAAAUUAUGAAAUGAGUUUAUUGGAAAACGCAGAAUGUGCGUGUGGUAUUUUUGAAACGAGGGAUAAUAACUGCCGUCCGCCGGGCGUCACAGACGGCCCCGAGUGUUACGGUAGAGGGAGUUGUGUAUGCGGGAGAUGUUUUUGCGAUCCCAAUCCGGACCCAGAAAAUCCUAGUAAGGUUAUAAUUGGAGAACAUUGUGAAUUUGAUAAUUUUUCUUGCGACGGCCCAAAGUGUAAUGAAGGUCCAUUUUCUAUUAACGACUUGCAUUUAUAUGAAGAAGAUAAUGCAGAUGAUGUGCCAGAAGUAGAUUUACCAGUAGAAAAAUAACGAAAGUAACCUAUUUACUUCAAAGUUUUACUAUGCGAUUCAACUAAGAAUAGAAACGAUUCUUCACCAUUUUCUGACGUCAUAAGUGUCAAUUCAAACGAAUUGAUAAAAAGUCGUAUUUUUCAAAUGAAAUUUGACACGAAGUUGACACAAAGGUACUUACUUCUCUAUUCUUAGUUAUAUAGUGUAGUACUUUUAUGCUUAGUAGCGUAUAUGUAUAGAAAUCAAUUAGUAUUAGUGUAUUUUUGUCAAUAUUCAAUAAGCGAUAUAAAUGUGCCUUUAUACGUAAGUUUUAAUGUAGGUAGCCUACUUACUAUUUAUGAGAAAUAGUUGGAAUUUGAAUAGAUUUAUUACAAAAUUCACUAUUUGCCGUAAUUUUUCUUCAGCGUUUUGUCAAAAAAAAUAUCCUACAAUAAUUAAUUAGUAGCAUCAAAUCCACGUUAAUGAAUAUGACCGUAAAUGUAAAUCUUAAAAAAAUUCAGCAUUUAAUAUUUUUCUAAUAAUAAUAAUUAAUUUCUCUUUAACCUACCUAAAUCCCAACGAUAUUCAACAGCGGUUAUUUUUGGGUUACCACGUUUCACUCGGUACAAAGGGUACGUUUCAGACAGACCAAAAUUGUCUAUAUAUACUUAGCUAGACAUUUAAAAUUAAAUAUCCAAUACCUAACUUAUGUCUCUAAAUUUAAUUCCUCAAACUCUAGACUCCGGUUCUGGAGAUUACUAACACUUUCUGUAAAAUUAACCCUCAUGACAUUUAACUAACAAAGGGUAAGGCGUCAAGCUAUUGGUGUGCGUUUAACCGAAGAAGCGGCAUCUCAAUUAUGGAAUUGAUAUGAGGCGAGCGUCUGUCGCGGAUGGCUCAUCGCUCUCGAGUGGUGCCCGUUAUGGUUACGCGAAAUUAGAUUUCAACAAGCCUAUUUUCUUUUCCAGUAAUAAACAUCGUUUUAUUAUUCUGUCAGAGACGGUCUCGCUUUUUCAAUUUUUCAUCGAUUCUGAACAUCAAACAUCUAAGAAUCCUUUGAAGUUUCAAAAAUUUCAUUCCGAAAACUUCGAUUGCAUUUUGUAAUUAGGAUAUCUCAUCUUAUUAAGUUAAUUAUCUGUAUGGGCGCAAUCAGUUGCUUUUGAAAGAGAAACUUAACCUAUCAGGCAGGUAUUUAUUACGCAGGCCAGUCAUAUGGGUCCUGUACGAAUACUAACCAUCGUCCGUGACCCCUUGAUUGAAGCAGCUCAACGGAACACAGUGGGUUUUAGUAGGAAUCCAACAUAACCCACGGCUCAUGUGCGAGUUUCUAUAAAAUUAUACAUAGAUCUACUGUUCUACGACAUAGCAACCUGCUAAAGAAUGGUCUAACC